UCCCUAUUCAUAACCUUAAAAAACCUUAUGUAAAAAAGUGACUUAGGAAGUUACUCCAAAUAUUUUUCUUCAAAACUAUCACAAAAUUAUUAAUAGAAAAUAUCAACAAGUUGCCUGGAUGCAACUGAAUUAUGAAUGAUUACAUUUAUUUGGACGUUGAAUUGAAACUGAAAGAAGAUUCUUCAGCUGUGUUGACACCGGCAUAUUUUCAAGGAAGCAUUGAAAGAUCAUUGGCCGAGUUCUUUGGUGAAAUAGGUGGCCAGACCGAAUUGGAACUACUGAAAUUUGAUUGUACCCAAAAGCGUGGAAUUUUAAAAGUACCCAAAGAGUUUUCAUCCAAAACAAAAGCUGCCAUUACAUUGAUUGGUCGAUUCCAGGACAUACCGUGUCAUUUUGCCAUUGUGAAAACUUCAGACAAACCAUUAGAACUUUAA